CGAAGGAAUGUGAUCUGCAGUGUGCAAAAACAGACAUAUAUUUCACUAUUAUUUGGAGCUGUUAUCAGAUCAUAUUUAUCAAUUACUACAAUAGUUUUAAUUACACAACAUAUUGAGGCUAAUAUAUGCAUUAGACAUGGUUAUAAAAGUGUACUAUUCGAGUGUCGCUAGCAAUAAUGAGCUACGCAAACACCAAUGUCACAUCAUUGACAUUCUGGAAGCAAAUGGAAUCGAGGUGGAGAGGAUUGACAUUACAGAUCCUAUUAAUGAGGAACAGCGUAAAUUCAUGCAGGUGAACAGUACGCCGAAGAAAGAAGGACAGAAACCACUUCCACCACAAGUGUUCAAUGAUGAAGAAUACUGUGGGGAUUAUGAGUCUUUUUAUAACCACAUUGAACUGGACCGACUGUAUGACUUUUUGAAAUUGACCCCCCCACAAACAAUUAUUGAAGAGGAGGAAGAAGCCGAAAAACAAGACGAGACUAAAGAUGAAGCCAAAGAAAAAGAAAUAUCUGAAGAAAAGGAGGUGAAAGAGGAUGACAAUGAAGAAAGUGUAGAUGGAGAAUUAAAAACAGAAAAGGAAGAAGAUGAAAACAAAGAAGGCGAAGAAGUUAAUAAAAAGGAUUCAGCAUCUGAAGAAACUAAAGAAAAAGACGUAGUGAAGGAAGAGAGUCCAGCUGAAAGAAAACGGAGAGAGAGAGAAGAAGAAAGAAAGGCUGCCAUGGAAGCAGAAGAAGAUGGAGACUGGCUUUCAAAUGUGGCAGAAGAAAAAGAGGAAAAACCAGAGAAAGAAGAAGUUAAAGAAGAAAGUGCUGCUGAGCGGAAAAGAAGAGAAAGAGAAGAAGAGAGGAAAGCUGCAUUGGAGGCUGAUGAGGGUGGAGACUGGCUUGCUGGAGUGGAAGAGAAAGAAGAAGAGAAAGAAGAAGAGAAGGGGGAACCUCAAAAAGAAGAAGUUAAAGAGGAAAGUGCUGCUGAGAGGAAAAGAAGAGAAAGAGAAGAAGAGAGGAAAGCUGCAUUGGAGGCUGAUGAGGGUGGAGACUGGCUUGCUGGAGUGGAAGAGAAAGAAGAAGAGAAAGAAGAAGAGAAGGGGGAACCUAAAAAAGAAGAAGUUAAAGAGGAAAGUGCUGCUGAGAGGAAAAGAAGAGAAAGAGAAGAAGAGAGGAAAGCUGCAUUGGAGGCUGAUGAGGGUGGAGACUGGCUUGCUGGAGUGGAAGAGAAAGAAGAAGAGAAGGGGGAACCUCAAAAAGAAGAAGUUAAAGAAGAAAGUGCUGCUGAGAGGAAAAGAAGAGAAAGAGAAGAAGAGAGGAAAGCUGCAUUGGAGGCUGAUGAGGGUGGAGACUGGCUUGCUGGAGUGGAAGAGAAAGAAGAAAAGAAAGAAGAAGAGAAGGGGGAACCUCAGAAAGAAGAAGUUAAGGAAGAAAGUGCUGCUGAGAGGAAAAUAAGAGAAAGAGAAGAAGAGAGGAAAGCUGCAUUGGAAGCUGAUGAGGGUGGAGACUGGCUUGCUGGAGUGGAAGAGAAAGAAGAAGAGAAAGAAGAAGAGAAGGGGGAACCUCAGAAAGAAGCAGUUAAGGAAGAAAGUGCUGCUGAGAGGAAAAGAAGAGAAAGAGAAGAAGAGAGGAAAGCUGCAUUGGAAGCUGAUGAGGGUGGAGACUGGCUUGCUGGAGUGGAAGAGAAAGAAAAGAAAACAGAUGAAGCAGUUAAAACUGAAGAUGACAAGGAAGUCAUAGAGGAAGAUAAGAGCAGCUGAAUAACUGGGUCAAGCCAAGACUGUUUUCCAUUUGUAGAUGUCUAUUCCAAGCUGUUGCUGCUGCAUGACCAAAGGAGUAACUAUCAACAAGAGAAAUAGAGGAAGUGUAUUAUCCUGCCUGCUGUAGUGUUAAUAAUGCGACCAUAGACAAAUAUGUGAUACAUCAUGUACAAAUUAUUGUUAUGGACUCAGUCCAGUGGCUUAGCCAGGGAAGGGAUGGAGGCCAUUCCCCUCCCCCCCCCCCCCCCCCCCCCCAUUGAACGUUUAAAAAAAAAAACCCUACUAAAUGUUAUAAAAUCAUACAUGCAUACAACC